GCUAGUCAUUUCUCCAUGCCUUCCACUUUCCACCAGCAUCAUCUUGGGUCGUCUGUCAUUAUAAGAACAAACGACAACAUAGAAUUCGCACAGUGUUUACAUGUUGGUCGGAGGCAGGAGUCGGUUAUAUUAGAGCUUGGUGACAGAAUUCAGUGGGUCUCGGGGAAGUUUUACGAGGACGCUCUCCACCAUGAUGAACACUAAACAGACUUUAGGGCUUCCAAAUCAUCAUCUCAACUCUGGCAGUCUGUCCGGAAGAUAUUCCCCUCCCUUUCGACCGGACACGAUGCGACGUUUGCAAAACACAUCGGGAAACAUAUUUGGUGGUAUUGGAAGUAUCGAUGACUCCAUGCUUGCAAGAGUGGAGGCGUUGGCCGCGGGAGCAGUGGAUAUUUCGAAGACUCCCCAGUCACUGAUGAAGUCGGAUAGUCUGUAUGGACACCAUGUACAAGAUAUGAGAGACAUGCGGGACAUGAGGGAUAUGAGAGACAUGAGAGACAUGAAUAUGCACGGGCACCCGGGGGGUUCAGGGGGCAUGUCCCGUCACCACCAGGUGCCCCUGCACGGCUUUGGGGCCCCGUCGACAGAUUCCAUGAUGUUAGACCAAAUCUCAGCGUCCAUGCCUCUCUCGAUGGCGGAUCACAACAACAUGAUCACCUCCCACUCUCACUCACAGGUUUACGCGCAAGCGUACGGGCACACAAACAUUAUGAAUCCCCAGCCUACCCUCCCUGCUCACCACGCCAUGCAGCACAGCAUGCACGAUCUAGACUGUGACCCCAGGGAGCUGGAGGCGUUUGCUGAACGCUUUAAGCAGCGCCGUAUAAAAUUAGGCGUUACGCAGGCCGACGUCGGAGGGGCGCUGGCCAAGCUGAAACUCCCUGGGGUAGGAGCGCUCAGUCAGAGCACCAUAUGUCGGUUUGAAAGUCUAACUCUUAGCCAUAAUAAUAUGAUUGCAUUAAAACCCAUUCUCCAGGCCUGGUUGGAGGAGGCGGAACGACAGGCGAAGGAGAAGAAGGAAGGGGCUCUUUUAGGAAACUUGGAGAAAAAACGUAAACGUACCUCAAUCGCAGCUCCUGAGAAACGCUCUCUCGAAGCAUAUUUCGCCGUGCAGCCCAGACCAUCGGGAGAAAAAAUCGCGCAGAUCGCAGAGAAAUUAGAUCUAAAAAAGAAUGUGGUCCGUGUGUGGUUCUGCAAUCAGAGACAAAAACAGAAGAGAAUGAAAUUUUCUGCUGUAAACCACUAACAAUCAUCUGUUGUUCAUUUUCACUAAUCUGCCCCCUCCUCGUCCCAAGAACUGUCCGUCGCCAAGGUAGAAAUGUCAAAAUAAUUGCGCUGGAGGAAAAGAAUCUCUACGGACUUUGGGAUCAUUGCCAUUUUCAUCUUCAUCAUUUUGGUCUGGGCGGACCGUUCCUCGCUACGCUCCAUGAACUCUUUAGAAUAUUGUAUCAUCGAAUUAUGUCAUUGACUGUAAAAUGGUGGGGAAACGACCACAAGUGCAGUGUGGACAAGUGCAAUCAGGACUUGACUUUUAUUUUAUAUUUUAAUCAAUUUAUAUUUCUUUAUUGAUUGUGAUAUGUUGUGGUGGUAAGCGUGUUCAGCCUUGCACUCGUUUCUAGAUGGAUCUUCAGUCCUGUGGCGGUCUAAUGGAAUGUUCUCGUUCUUCAUUUCAACGUUUAAAAUUGAAAUUUUAGUCUGAAAGAAUUUUGUGUUCUCAGGAGAAAUAUAGACAGAUUCAUCUGCUGUAUAAAUUGAUCAUCAAAAGCUGCAAACAAUACAAAUGUGACAGGAAAAAGACUUCGAUUUGUGCGUUGAGAAAAUUUGUAGUUAAAAUUCGUUUACUGUGGAAAGAGAACGAAAGGAAAAAUCCAUUACAAAGAACAAUGGUCGUCUUCAUCUGUCCAGUUAUUGAGAAAACUGAAGGCGGCAAACCAAGUGGCGGUACUGUACAUAGCUUUCUAUAUUCAUCUUAAAUUAAAAUUUUUGAGAGGGAACUUGAUUUAUUAUUUAUAUUAAUUUAUUCAUAGUCUUGUCUUGGCAAGCUCUUAGAGCUCGUUCGCUGUGUAUUUGUAGGUAUUUAAGCUUUUAAAUAAGAUAUGUUGAUUUUUAUACGGACUGUUCCUUUAAAAUUAUAAUUAUUAGUACCACGAUAAAGCGGGAUCUUGGAAUUGAAAAACGUUGUGUGCAUGGCGUUGUUUCUAUAAGAUGUUGGCUUAAUAGAUCGUUAGAAGAAAAUGUGUAUAGAUUUCGGAUUUUGAAGCACCCGCUGACUUG